AUGACGAAAAUUAUAUCAGACAGCAGUUCUGUAGAUGUGAAAAUAAGCAAAGAAAAAGAAGAUUUUGUAGCAAAAAGCAAACCAAAGAUAAAAAAGAAGCAGCAUGCAGCAAAAAACCUAGAAGACAGAAACACUGUGUUGAUAAAGAAAAAUAAAGCAAAGAAAGAAGACAUAAAAGUAAGAGCAAAGCAGGUUGUGGAACUGAUGAAAGAAUCAUACAAUAAGGACCUAAAUAGACCAAAAGAAUUAUAUAAACUAGAAAAGCUGGACAAUAUGGAUGAAAUAACGCGUCAGGUACUCAAUACAGAUUUACAAGAAUAUUGCAUUGAGAAUGGUGUACUGAAUCAAAUACGAAUUUGGUUGGAGCCGAUGCCUGAUAAAUCAUUACCGAAUAUUGCAGUUAAGAAGAAGAUGCUUGACUUGCUAUUCAACAUGCGCUAUAUCACCAAGAACAAUUUACUUGAUUCACAAGUUGGUAAAAUAGUACAUUUUUACGCUAGAAAUGCAAAGGAGGGAAUAGAAGUGAGAAGAAUGGCAAAGAACCUGAUGACAAAGUGGAAGGGUAUGAUUCUACACGAAGAACAGGAGGAAUAA